AGAGAAACUAUAGAGCGCGGCCUGUAAGCGACUGAGGGAGAGAGUCCCACCACCACCCACUCCCACCUCCCCGGUUUUAGUUAGUGCAAGUCUCCGACACAAGCGCUCUUUUCUCUAGCUCUCGUCCGACAACUCCCGACGCAGUCUGUCUCCAUUCGUUGGCGCGUUGCAUGCCGAGACGUCGUCUUUAACAAACCAGCUAGGGGAAAAAAAAGUUUUUAUCAAGUCGGUGCUGUUUGCUGCGUGAUAACUCGAUCCAGUUCUUCCCUUUUUUUUUCCCCGCGCUCUCUCUACUACGUCAGUUGAUUAUUCUUCAUCGACUUUUGGACUUUUUCGACAAGUCGAGUUUUUUCACGUCGACGGCGGUCCCGCUUGUCGGAAACUUUGACUAUUCACGAAAAGCGUAAUUCAAACAACACACACAACAUGGCCGACAUCGAAACCUGUUCCCGGGAAGGCGUCUCCCUCGAUCAGAGUAGAGAGAGUCGUCCAUCGCCGACACCCCAAGAAGGGGAUCACGAUAGUGGCGUUGACGAGAGCACCCAAGCCAAGGAACCAGGCAGCCUGAACAGCACAUUACAGAAAACCAAUUCCAGAACAUCGGUGACUAGCAGUCUGAGCAAGAUUCCCACUAGAUCGGCUGAAUCCCCACCAACUCCAUCCAAAAUGGCGCAGAAAGUACCAAUGAACAAAGUGCAGGUGGGUUUUGCUCCUUCUCCAAACCUGAAGACUGUGCACUCCAAAAUCGGUUCUUUGGCCAACGCCAACUACAAGCCAGGUGGUGGCCAUGUCAAAAUCGAAUCAAAGAAGAUUCAGAUUGAAGCCAAACCACGCAUCGGGGCUCGUAACGAAAACUACACACCUUCAGGUGGUGAUGUCAAGAUCCAAUCCGUAAAGUUGCAAUGGAACGCCAGACCUAAAAUUGGCUCGUUGGAAAACGCUACGCACAAGCCGGGCGGUGGCAAUGUCAAAAUCGAGAGCAAGAAAGUUCAGGUCGAAGCUAAAUCGAGAAUCGGAUCGUUGCAGAAUGCCAACCACAAGCCAGGAGGUGGUGACAAGAAGAUUGAGUCUCGGAAACUCGAGUACAAUGCCAAAUCCAAGGUGGGAUCCAUCCUGAAUAUGAAACACGUUCCUGGAGGAGGAAAUGUCAAGAUUUUUGACGACAAGGAAUAUUUAAAGCAACGUGGUGAUAGCCGAUUGAGCAAAGCAUCGUCCUCCAAAGCCAGCUCAGAAGGACGAGCAUCCAUUACACAGAGUCCCGAGCCAUCGUUCUUACAGCCGUCGGAUAAUUCCCAACACGAGCACCUGAAUCAGUGAAUGCCGCACGCCUCGUUAUUGCGCAAUCCUCCAAAAUCUUGCAUCACCGUCACGCCACAUUUUACACUCAAAAACCAUCAAAAAAGAAUUAAAAAAAAAAGACAAAUUUGCAUUGACAUAUAAUUGAUAAGACACGUUCACACUCCCCAAACACCUUUUUUUUCAUUAGCCCCCCAUCUCCCACCUUUCCUCCUCCUGGAAAAUAGGACUAAGUCAAUUUUGAUAAACAAAUGAAAAUCUUUUUUUUAAAUACGCAAUCACACAAGAUCCUCCAUUCUAAAUAUUAAACCCAUACCCGUUCAACCGGAUUGUGAGCUUCCAUUCGAAAAAAGAAUUUGAAAAUGAAAAGUUAAAAAUUGAAACACUUCCACAUCCGUCUCCCAUUUUAAAGCCCGUUGUUCAAUUCUCUUUUCUCUAUAUUUCUUCCUCUCCAAGAUAUGAUGGAUUACCGUAUUACAUACAGUAUUUGAUGUUGACUACACCCAAAAUCUCUAUACGUUAUUUGACAUCUUCUCUAUCUCUCAAUUUACGUCUCCUUAUUACUCCCAAUUACUACUACAUCUGAUUUUUUUAAAUAUUGAUGAUACAUAAAAAAAAGAAAAAAAGAACAAAAAGAUUAUUCUUGUUUCCGCUUGACACGUAUAUAUACUGUCCCAGAUUUUAUAAGAAAUUUCGGUCAAAGUAUCGGACUGUAUGCGCUGGUGUAUUAUGAUUGGACGGCUAUAUUUUCCAUCGCCCCUUGCCAUUCUUCUUGAUUACUCUAUUCUUGUCGCUUUUGCGACGGUGACGAUGACUUCCAGCUGGACAGGGUGUGUUGUUUCUCAUGGACGACAAUAGUAGUAGUAUGUCCCGUCACAUAUUCUACUAGACAUGUUGGUUUGUUGGGACACACAAACACACACAGAGAGACACGAGGGAGGGGUUUUAGCUUUUGAAAUAACAUUUCCUCCUGCUACUAUAUACUUUUUCCUCGUCAACCUCCGCGCCCGCCCACAACUUCCACCGCCACCCCCAUUGUAUGAUGAUGAUAUGAAAACACGACACAAACACACAAUCGCUGCCACAUCAAGACUCUGAAAUUUUCGUGUUUCAGUAUAAACAAAAAAGAAGGCUACUACAUAAAACAUAUACUUAUUAUACAUAUAUACAAACAAAAAAGGACGAUUCCUUUCCACCUUUCUCUCUCUCUCUCCCAUCUUCCCCGCUGGAUUUAUUAUUUUUGACAUUUUUGUUUGGUUCUUUUUAUUUUUAUUUUCGCGUCAAUGUUCAAUACACCAGUCCUUGUGUUGA